AUGAAAAUGGCUAAUAGGAAAUUAAAUAAGCUGUUACAAUUUGCAGUUUUAAAGCAGAUAUUAAAGAGGUGUUCAAGCUUGGGGAAGAAAGUCCAAGGAUAUGAUGAAGAAUGGCUUCCUGUGGAUGUGCCAAAAGGUCAUUUUGUAGUGUAUGUGGGGAAAAAUAGAAGCAGAUAUAUUGUUCCAAUUUCAUUCUUGACAAGACCUGAAUUCAGGAACCUUCUUCAAAGUGCUGAAGAUGAAUUUGGGUUUGAUCAUGACAUGGGACUCACCAUUCCUUGCGAAGAAUAUGUUUUCCAAGGGUUAAUGUCUAGCAUGUUGUUAUGGACAUUUAUAUGCAUCUUUAAAACCUUAUUAGGAAAAACUCAGAAAAAAUACUAA